CAAACGACACGAUGCCGAUCAAGACUUGGCUCACGGAGAAGCUUGGAAUGCGCGUCCCACUGGUCCAAGGAGGGAUGAUGUGGGUUGGGAGAGCAGAAUUGAUAAGCGCAGUAGCAAACGCUGGAGCCCUUGGUUUCCUUACCGCGCUCACACAGCCUACACCAGAGGCUCUCCGGAAUGAAAUCCGCAAAACAAAGAAGAUGCUGAAGCCAAGCGCGGUACAGUUUGGUGUCAACAUCACCUUGCUGCCGAUGAUGAACCCGCCAGAUUACAUGGAAUACGCUCGAGUGGUUGUUCAAGAGGGCAUCAAGGUCGUGGAGACAGCGGGUGACCCAAGUCCGAUCUUAAAGUUUCUCAAAGAGAACGGCGUAAUUGUCUUCCAUAAAUGCGUUACGCUGAAGCACGCCUUGAGGGCGGAGAAAUUAGGUGUUGACUGCAUCUCGAUUGACGGCAUCGAAUGUGCCGGACACGGGGGAGAAUAUGACACGACUUCUCUGAUCCUGCUUUCUCUUUGCGCAGAGCAAUUGAAGAUUCCGUACCUCGCGUCAGGUGGCUUCGCGAAUGGAAAACAGCUCGCGGCAGCUAUUGCGCUCGGCGCUGUAGGUAUCAACAUGGGCACGAGAUGGAUGUGCACGGUGGAGUCGCCGAUCCACCACAACGUCAAAGAAGCAAUCGUAGCCGCUACAGAAAGCGACACAGUACUGUGUCUACGCAAGUUCCGUAACACGACCCGCCUGCACAAGAACAGCGUCAGCACUGAGGUCGUUAAGAUUGAGGCGGAGAAGAAGGAUGUCAAGUUCGAAGACGUGGCACAUUUGAUGAGUGGAAAGCGAGGUCAGGGUGUGUACGAAACGGGCGAUGUGAAUGCGGGAGUGUGGAGCUUGGGUAUGUGUGCCGGCUUGAUACACGAUAUCCCGACAUGUGAAGAGCUAGCAAAGCGGAUGGAACGGGAGGCUGUUGAGGUAUUGACGCAAAGCAAUGCAUUGGUGGUAGAGAGCGCGAAGCUCUAAGUAUCUAACAAAGAUCGGGCGCAUUCGUUAAGCACUAUCAAACUAAUACCAAACUAAUACCAUACCUUUCAAACCACCGCAUUUGGUGGUGUAUACCUUCA